AUGACCAGACAACGGGUCCGGAACGGUGACCCCAAAUCCGGACACCCACGGCCCAUCCGUGUGGCGGCAUGCCCCGCUGUCAGAGAGCCUACCAAGACACCUACCCUCCACACCCCUACCCUCCACACACCUACCCUCCACAACCCUACCCUCCACACACCUACCCUCCACACACCUGCCCUCCACACACCUACCCUCCACAACCCUACCCUCCACACUCCUACCCUCCACAGCCCUGCCCUCCACAACCCUACCCUCCACAUCCCUACCCUCCAUACCCCUACCCUCCAUAGUCCUACCCUCCACAGCCCUACCCUCCACACCCCUACCCUCCACAACCCUACCCUCAACAACCCUACCCUCCAAAGUCCUACCCUUCAUACCCCUACCCUCUAUACCCCUACCCUCCACACCUCUACCCUCCACAGCCCUACCCUUCAUGCACCUACCCUCCACAGCCCUAACCUCCAUACCCCUACCCUCCAUACCCCUACCCUCCACAGCCCUACCCUCCAUACCCCUACCCUCCACAGCCCUACCCUCCACACCCCUACCCUCCACACCCCUACCCUCCACAGCCCUACCCUCCACACCCAUACCCUCCAUAACCCUACCCUCCACACCCCUACCCUCCACAGCCCUGCCCUCCACAGCCCUACCCUCCAUACCCUUUCCCUCCACACCCCUACUCUAUAUACCCAUUCCCUCCACACCCCUACCCUCCACACCCUUACCCUCCACACCCCUACCCACCACACCCCUACCCUCCACACCCCUACCCUCCACACCCCUCCCACCACACCCAUACCCUCCACACCCUUACCCUCCAUACCCCUAACAAUCCACAACUAUACCCUCCUCACCCCUACCCUCCACACCUUUACCCUCCAUACCCCUAACCAUCCACAACUAUACCCUCCUCACCUCUACCCUCCACAGCCCUACCCUCCACACCCCUACCCACCACACCCCUACCCUCCACACCCUUACCCUCCACACCCCUCCCACCACACCCCUACCCUCCACACCCCUGUCCUCCACAGCCCUACCCUCCACACCCCUACCCUCCACACCCCUACCCUCCAUAACCCUACACUCCACACCCCUACCCUUCAUAACCCUCCACAACCCUACCCUCCACACCCCUACCCUCCGCAGCCCUGUCCUCCACAGCCCUACCCUCCAUACCCUUUCCCUCCACACCCCUACCAUCCACACCCUUACCCUCCACACCCCUACCCUCCACACCCUUACCCUCCAUACCCCUACCCUCCACACCCUUACCCUCCAUACCCCUAA